AUGGCGACAGCAACGAGGCAUUGCGACUUUUUGGUAAUUGGAGGUGGCAGUGGAGGUCUUGCCUCCGCUAGGAGAGCAAGUGGACGGUACGGUGCAAAGGUUAUUGUAGUAGAGGCAAAGCGAUUAGGGGGAACUUGUGUCAACGUGGGAUGUAUACCGAAGAAGAUCACCUGGAACGCGGCCAACCUGGCACAAGGUUUACGCGACGCCAAAUCCUAUGGUUUCUCUGUCGAACAGAGGGCACCUUUCGAUUGGACGAGCUUCAAAAACAAACGAGAUGCAAUUAUCAAGAAACUGAACGAUAUACACAAGCACAACCUUGAGAAGGACAGCGUCGAAUAUAUUCACGGCCGAGCACGCCUUGUAGGCAAGAACGAGUCCAUGAUAAAGCUUCACGAUGGCACCGAGAUAAAGGUCAACGCAAAGAAAAUCUUGAUCGCGACUGGUGGACACCCUACAGUACCUCGAGGCAUUCCCGGAGCCGAAUAUGGUAUUAAUAGCGAUAGAUUCUUUGAGCUGGAUCAUCAACCUAAAAAGGUAGCCCUGGUGGGAGCUGGUUAUAUUGCUGUGGAGUUUGCAGGAAUGCUUAAUGCUUUAGGCACAGAGACGCAUCUUUUCAUUAGGCAUGAUAAGUUUCUACGAACCUUUGAUGAGAUGAUUCAGGACGAAAUUCUCUCAGAGUACGAGCGUGUUGGCAUACACAUUCAUAAAAACAGCAAGAUCGAGAGGAUUACAAAGACAGGGAAGCUUACUCUACACUAUUCUGAUUCAACUGGUCAGGGCAAGCUCGAGGACAUGGAUACUCUAAUUUGGGCCGUGGGCCGAACACCAGAAGUGGAGGGUCUCGGUCUGGAUAUCGUGGGUAUCAAGCAGAAUGAUAGGGGUCAGAUCAUCACAGACGAGUACCAGAACACUAACGUGGAGAAUAUCUAUUCCCUUGGCGAUGUAGUCGGCAAAAUCGAGCUUACUCCAGUCGCAAUCGCUGCGGGCCGCAAGCUUGGCGAUCGCCUCUUCGGCGGUGAACAAUUCCGCAACAGCAAGCUAGACUACAACCUCAUUCCCUCCGUGGUUUUUGCGCAUCCUGAAGUCGGCACCAUUGGCCUCACGCAAGAAGAGGCUGAGAAGAAAUAUGGGAGGGAUAACAUCAAGAUCUAUAAGACCUCCUUCACGGCGACCUAUUAUACCAUAAUGGAGGAUAAAGGGCCGUCCAGAUACAAGCUUAUUUGCCAGGGGAAGGACGAGAGGGUCGUGGGAUUGCAUAUUUUUGGCUUGGGGAGUGGGGAGAUAUUGCAAGGGUUUGGGGUAGCGAUUAAGAUGGGGGCCACGAAGAAGGAUUUUGAUAGUUGCGUUGCGAUUCAUCCGACAAGUGCAGAGGAGCUGGUUACCCUCAACUAG